ACAUCGUCUUUGAGAUCAGUCGUGAUAACACUGCGCAAGUGCGCAUCUCAACUAUCUCCAGAUUCAAAAUCACAUCCUUUUCAAAACAAAAUGCUGUAAAAUGUGCUGUAAAAAAUAAUGUACUUGCGACGUCCAAUCGAUGUAACAUUUUUGAAAACCAUAUGAUCUUCAUGACUUUGUCGAAUUCCUGAGAAAUUGAGAUCAGCUAAUGAAAGAUCAAAAGCAUGCAUUUGAUUAAAGCGUCAAAAUAAGUUUAACUUUCACCAUGGACAUCAUCAACAAAGGUUUGAAGAUUAAUCUUCCCUAUGUAAGCCUUCGAUCUGCAAUGAUUCAUGUUGUGGAUGUUGGCAAUGUUCAAUUACCUGUUUCUUUAAAGAACGCUGAGAAACUUCUGCAGAAGGCUAAACCAACUGUGUUUGGUUGUGGAUUCCACAGAAAAGAAGAUAUCUUAAGAAAUUUAUCCUGGCAAAUUGAUCGUACUAGUAUAUCCUUUCCAAAUUCAUCAAAAUUCCUUGAAAAAAAUAUUUCUGGGUGGAUAAAACUGGUUCUCAGUCAGCAUCAAAUCAACGUCCAAUACGCAGAGGCCAACUGUUCUCUCACGCGAAUGAACCUUUACCGAUCAGAUAGUCGCUACAUCCGUCAUUGCCAUUUGAAGCAGGAGAUAGGGCAUUUUGGUACCAUCAUCCUGCAAAUUCCUGUGGAAAAUGGCCAUGAAGGUGGUGAAUUGCAAGUUGAAUCACAAAUGAUCCGAAAUAGUCCUCUGGAAACAUUGACGUUAGAUCUCUCUUCAGGCAGUGACCAAUCGUUUUACGUCAACUUUUUGAACGUCAAUUGUGUACAUGAGAUGAAGCCGUUAACCCGAGGAUGGCGUAUCGAAUUAGCUUACAACAUUUUGUGGAAAUCAGAAGUAGCAACGUUAGUUUUACCGAACAUUUCCUCCUUUCUUGUCACGUUGACAAAGAUGGCGGUCGAGUUACGCUCGUGGCAAGAAAAAAUAUCCGAAGGCAAACCACCAAAGAUCAUGAUUUUUGGAUUGGAUCAUAAUUACGAUCCCGACUGUCAUUCAUUCUCAACGCUACUGGAUCAGGAUCGCCAGAUGGCCCUUCUGUUAGGUUCUAUCCCUUUCGUUAAUGUUCACUUGGCCCGGCUUACAAGAAAAGUAACGGGUCUCCUUUGUUCUUCGCUUGAAAAAUUUGAAUGUGAUGAUGAUGUGAUGGAGUGUGAUCCCGUUUCCAGCAAAACAUUGAUCAGUAGUGCCACUGGACUGAAAGAAAUGCGCGUUACCCAUUCCGCCAGCCACUGGAUAGGCGUUGACAAUUGUGCUGCCCAGUUUCAUAAUCUGGAUAUUGAUACUCAAGCUCAGUUUGUCAAGCCUCUUUUUGAAAAGAACAGAAAACCCGACGAAGUGGAAAAUCACAAUCAAGAUUCCAAAGACGCCAUCAUAAGCCAUUAUUUUUAUCAGUCCGCUCUCAUUUUAUGGCCCAAAAAUGGAUCUUUUUACAUGGAUAUCCAUCAUCGACCCGAUUACCUUUUGGAUCAAAUGGAGCGUGGAGUAUUGCCCAACCCACUGGCGAUCAUACGUGCAAUGAUAUCCCAGUCAAACUGUACAGAAUUGAUAAUCUAUCGCCUUCUCAAUAUCUGCCCAUCGCUUAACGCAAAAACGGAGGCUCUCCAACUACUCAAGUUAAUGGCAGACAAAUCCAUCGGUGUACCAUCCGAAGACACUGCUGUCCUGAUUAGCGAAGUUGAAUGCAAGUUAAUUGGAUGGCCCGAUUGUGAAGACGCCAUUAACAAGCUGCUGACAUGUAAACCAUACCAGCAACUGUGCCAUUUUGCGACGCUAGCCAAGCAGCUGUUCUUCCGGAACUGCAUCGGCGGUUUCCUAAGUGUAGCAAAUCAGACGUGGAACUUCUUAAUGGAACAAUUUAGAACCACUGGUAAUUUUAACAACCACAACGCACUCAUUUCUUGCAUUCAAAUGUCCGUUUGUAUCGAGGAACAAUCGAAGCUUGUGAAUCCGUCGAAAUCGGAGCAAUUUUUAUCGUGCUUUGUAAAGUUGCCACUAAUUGAGCAGUGCCACAUUAUCAUCGACCUCAAGGAUAUCUACCACAAGAAUGCUACCGGCCAACAUUUUUACUUGAGUCUUUGCAGAUUUGUUGCCGUUACCUUUAACACCUCAUCGUGUAAGAAAUCGAACAUUACCGACUGUGUGGUGGACCUUCUUCGGUGUUUCCUUGUACUUGAUCGCCAUCCUGUGAAUAUCGCAGACAUCUUCAUUGAAAACGUCUGCCGACCAAAUUCGUGCGAAAACAAUCACUUGCUAGAAAAGCUCAUCGCAUCACUGCACAACUUAAAUCUGAAUACCCGAAUGACGAACCAACUUUUAGACUCCCGAAUUGCCGAAUUGAGUCUACUCCGUAAACCGGAAUUCACGUGGAGUAUGAAAGAUGUCAGAUUUCCCGAUGCCGAUAAGUAUCCACAAAUCGUGGAAUUUUUAGAAUCAGCCAGGAAAGACGCGACCAUCAAGCUUGAUUCGAUCGGAAGCAUUCAACAGGCCAAAGAUUUUAACGUUUAUUACUUCGGAGUCAUGGAGGAGUGUGUGGAACGAGGAUACAGCGCUAUGGCGGAGCCUUUGAAAAAAGGCAAGACUAUUUCUUGUGUGAUUGUGAAAACCCGCCACUUGCACAUGGCUCUCGUCCAACAAUUUGAAGCCAAAAUGGAAGAGCUUAAACGACUUGAGCGACUUCGUGCCUUUUAUGAAACUUCGCAUCCGUCCUACGUUGAGUCUGAAUUGGGUGGAUCAACUUCUCAACCUCAAUCUUUAGGUGCGUCCUACGGGAAAACAAAGGCCGCCAAUCCAUUGCGCAUCAAAUUUAAAACACCGAAGAAGAAGAAAAAGUGAAUAUUGUUUAAUGUUGGAGUUAAUCACUAAAGUGAAGACGUUCCCUUUUUUUAAGUUUUAUCAUUCAAGAAACGUUCACUUUCUUUUUUUUAAAACAUGUUUAAUUUCUCAAAAUACAUGACUUAGAACUGUGAAAUGGAGUUCUUUAGUUGGAGAAAUGGUGACAUGACGUAACGUUGGACAUUUUCAUGUAGGUACACCUCUCCAUUGCGUAACGUAAUGUACAAUGCAUCAGGGACCAUUUCGAGAUCCGAUUAUUCAUUGUCAACUUUGGUGGUAGUUCGAUUCAGAUCGAAUUUCGCGUCGAUUUACCUUCAAACUAUGUGUCCCAUUCGAUUACACCAAAAGUUGCCUAUCAAUCGACUAAACCGCAGUAUAGGUUACCUAAUUUUCUAAAGGUGUAUAGGUUUUCUCUUUUGUUUCGCUUGUCCCUGUUAAACAUACAGACGCGUAUUUACUUUCACCUCGAAAUGGCAUACAAUUGGAAAGUGACAUUGACAGUCACCAUCACCGCGAGAGUGCAAUUUAAUGUUUAAAGAAACGAUAAUUACUCUGAUCGAACAAACCGCUGUAGAUUUCUUUGUGUCAUAAUUGCUUUUGCAAUUUGUAUUGUGGUUUUACACUAGUUGUCUGUGAGUCUAUUACAAGAUUUGCAUACAGUAUAUAAAGGCGACUUAUCAAACUAAAGUCACAACUCAUUCGAGACUCUCUUAAGCCUGGUUGUUUAGCCUGCAGAAAGCAGCUUCUUAGUAAAUAUUCAUUUCCGAAUUCUAAUACUCUUUUAGCAUUCUCCUAGUUACAAUGGCCGUUUUUAAGAUCGCCUUGUUCGUCGCUCUGGCUCUGAUCGUCGUGGCUUACGCCGAGGAUUCCUCCGCGGAUUUGAAGUCUUCCGAGGCAAGGUACAAUGGAUACCAAAACUACAAUAGUUAUGGUAGUGGAUACGGAUAUGGAGGUCGUUACAGAGGGCAAAACUACGGAUAUGGCAACAACAACUACGGCUAUCGCAACAACUACGGCUAUCGCAACAACUACGGCUAUAACAACUAUGGCUACAACAAUUAUGGCUACAAUAACGGAUACGGUUAUAGAUAUAGUUCGCCUUAUUACUACUAACGUACACCCGCGUACACCCUCCACUUUUAAAAGAAAAACAGUUCAUUAUAUUAUAUGAAGGUUUAUUACACUGUAGUUCAUGCACAGUUUAAGUAAAAUACUGCUGAAUCAAGAACACAAUACACACGCAUUACACAGCA